GAUACAACAUUGGAAGACAAGUAGAUUCCAUGUAAUGCUACAAGUGUAGUAUCAUAUACAUUCAUACUAGGCUUUCUUAUAACUCACUCUAGGCUCUUUGUCACAACCUUAAGUGUCUAUAAGUAUAUGCACUAGACAUUGCAAGACCAAGAACAUAAAACACAAACACAUACACACAAAUAUCAAUGGACGAUUCUGAAGACUUGCAGAUCAACAAAGAUCUAUUUGAAGCUCUGAUGAAGAAGGACGAUGCCAAAGUGCUUGACAUAUGCGCAGGCAUUCCCAAGGGUCCAUUGCAUACUGUUACAAUACACGAAGACACUGUGCUCCAUAUUGCUACUUACCACAAGAAAAACGACCUCGUAUUAUCCCUCCUUAACAUGGUUCCUGCAGAAGAUUCUCACAAACUUACUUGGCAAAACAAGAGCGGAAGUACCAUCCUCCAUGAGACCGGCACUAACAACAAGACAGUUGGUGCUGCAAGGGAAAUGCUACGCAGGGCUCCUAUGUUGCUCAGUGUAAUUAACAAGAAUGGAGAGCCUGCGUUAUUCUAUGCAGUGCGCCAUGGGAAGACCAAGAUAUUUAAGUACUUACAUGAUGAAGUAACAAGAAGAAUUCAAGGACCAGACUUGAGAAUCUUUCUGCAAAGAGAUGAUAAAUCUACCAUACUCCAUUUAGCAAUCCUGAGCAGAAACUAUUGGAUGGCUUAUGAGAUUGCAGUAAGGCAUAAAGAGUUGAUGAAACAAAAAGAUGAAGACAAGAUGAUACCACUUCAACUUCUUUCAUGCCGAUAACUGGAACUUUGUCCUACCAAUUUUUUUGUGUGGAUAAUACACAGAC